GUGUGUAUGUGUGUGUGUGUGUGUGUGUGAUGGUUUGAGCUCGAGCUCUGCUGUCAAUAUCGCACUUUAAAUGCUCAAAUGUAAUGCGAUGGGAUUCUGACCAUGGAUAAAACCCGAAUCCUGAUCGUAUGUUUCGCUGUUUUGGGAUUUGGUGGAGGAUGUGAUGGUCUGUUGUGUAAUUGCACCACGUCUCAGUGUGAAAAGAAUGGCUACCGCUGUGAGACAACGGGGGCCUGCAUGGCUUCAGCCUCCCUUAUUGAUGGCCAGGAGCAGCACAUGCGAACCUGUAUUGACAAAGAAAAGCUGGUUCCUCCUGGGCAACCCUUCUUCUGCCUGAGCGUCGAGGGUCUGCUCAACAUCCACUGCUGCUAUACGGACUACUGCAACAGUGUGGACCUCAAGGUGACCUCAGGAUUGGGUGCUCAGAGAUACAACGAUGAGCAGCCACAGUAUCCGGUGUUUCCCAAACUCCUGAAGAUUCUCCUGAGAAAAUACAAUUCACAAGCAAACAAAAUUGUACUAAAUGGACCAGCGACCAACACAUCUGACACCGCCUGAGAGGCAGCUUUGAUCAGUGACAAACUGACAAGAGCUGGAAAAUACAGGCACAGAUUGCCUACACACUGUGUGUAACUGCUGCCUUUAUAUUGUUUAUACAAUUUAUAUUACAAAAUUUACAUUUUGUAAAACCAUUUAGUAGUUAAGCUGUGUUUAUUUGUACUUUUAUACAUUGUUUUGUUUGUCGUAUGUUUUGAUAUCUUUAUUCUGAAGACUUGUUUGGGGGUCGCGUGUGGAUGCUGAUUUAGCAGGGGUUUUUUUGGUCAAAAAAGUUAGCAGCGAGCACGGACAUUACGGAUGCUUCGUUACAAGUUUGUUGCAGCCAUAAAAGGCGUAAAGUAUUACAAAGAAGAAUAAAAGACUAUUUCCCUUCUUCAUUGCAUGCAGCCAAUGAGGUAUUUGUUUUUGUCAUUAUUUUAUGCCUGUAAAUCUCCAUUUCACAUUUUCAAGGUGAAUUUAGUGUUUGUUGUAUUCGUUACCAAUGUGUUUAGUUUUCACGCUGGAUUUGAGGAACUUCUUCGAAUAAACCAGUUGCAAGAAAACCACUUGUGUCU